CCUGGCCCUUCUCCUGGCUCAGAUGGAGGAGAUGAUGGAGAAGCUGCAGCAAGUCAACCGGAGCCUGGGGCUGAUGCUGGCGGCUGUGGAGGAUGCCCAGAGCCAGCUGAAGAACCAUCCGCAGCACCUCCACGCUGUCCUUGACCCAGCUGGUGCCAUCUCCACCUCCAUCCUACGCGGCUCUUGCUUGGUGUUGCUGGCUGUGCUGCUCACACCGCCCCGCGCCAUCCUCCUCCUCCUCCUCUUCUUCCUCGCCUCCAGCACCCUCAGCGUCCCAGCGCUCUCUGCUCUGCUGGUGUUCACCACGGCAGGUCAGUGGCUGGUGGCAGCCGCUCGCUGCGGUGCUGGGGGGCUCUGGCUGGUGUUUCCCCAGGAGGAGCCUUGUCACCGGUUCACCUCCACCCCGGACAGGGAGUGCAAAAUGGAGCUGUUGCGGGAGGAGCUGGACAGGAUGGAGAUGAGCUGCCUGCGAGAGCCCUCAUGCACCAAGCAGCCCCCAGCGGUGGCAGGGGACCUCCCUGGCUUAGCGGAGUGGGUGUCACCUCUCCCCGGUGGCUGGAGGACAAAGCUGAGCUCAUGUGAGGCACUGCUGGAGCCAGACACGGGCACUGGGAAGCACUGGGAGCCCAAACGGGGCAGCCCGAGGCAGUCUCUGGCCAGUGGCACGUCCUUGCUGUCCCCACGGUCCCUGUGCCAGGGGGUCACCAGGGCCGGGCAGCGAUGCCGGAAGAAAGCCGCCCCCGGGCAGGACUUCUGCCACAUCCACGCCGUUGGUCCAGGCUCCUGCAGCCGCUUGCCCACGGACUCGUCCCCUCAUGUCUGACUCCCUCCCUCCCUUCCAGAGGGGUUUUAAAACUCUUUUAUUUGCUCUUCCAGAUCCUGGAGGAGAACACAGGGUGGUGCUCAGGGGCCCUAAGGGCACCAUUUGAUGUGGGUGUGGGAUCGCGCUGUGUAGCAGAUACUCUUCAUCCCACCAGUUUUACGCUAUUUGCAUAUAUUUUAAUAAAUGCCAUAUUUACAGCUGGAGCCUCCCCCAUUCUGCACUCCCCCCCCACACCCCCUAUCCUGAUGCUGGGGCAGGGGUGGCUUUUCUGGGGGCUUCAGGACCAUCCCCACCUGCCCAAACAGCAAAUGCCUGGCUGCUGUUCCUGCGCUGCAGAAGCAAGCCCUGAUCACCUGCCCUUUAUUACAGCCUAAUUACAGGUAAUUAGCAGUGUUGCCUGCUACAGCUCAGCCAGAGCCACCAGCCUCUUGGACAAGGCAGCAGUGGUGGCUCCAGUUGGCUGCUACCACCUGGUUUGGGGUUCUCCCAGUGCCUUUAGGGUGCCCUGACCUUUCUGCCCCUGCCCUGGGCGUCCCGCGCUGCUCACUGGGCUCUUGUCCCCUUUUUACUUUGGAAAUGUCACUGUCACCCCCCCAGCCCUGUCCUUUGCCCCAGCAAAGGACAACCCUGAGUUGAAGAGGAUGAUGCUGGGGCCGUGCUGGCCCGUCACUUCCUGGCAUCGGCGUA